ACUUCAGCAAAGGAUACCCAGCAUCUCUGCCCUCACUGAUUCAUGACAAAGUCCAAAAUGAACCACACUUGGAUGUAUAACCUGAGCUUUGGUGCACCUGCACAUCCUGUUGAGCCAAGGGCUGGACUCUCACGAAGUGGGCACACAGUAGUGGCUGUUUUUCUUGGAUUAAUCUUGUUUUUUGGUUUCUUGAAUAACUUGAUUGUCCUCAUCCUCUUCUGCAAGUUUAAAACCCUGCGUAACCCAGUCAACAUGCUUCUCCUGAACAUCAGCGUCAGUGACAUGUUGGUGUGCAUCUCGGGCACUACCCUCAGUUUUGCAUCCAACAUCCGUGGCAAAUGGAUUGGAGGGGACCAUGCUUGUCGGUGGUAUGGCUUUGUCAAUUCCUGCUUUGGUGUCGUGUCCCUGAUCUCCCUGGCUGUGCUGUCCUACGAGCGCUACAGCACGCUCACCCUGUGCCACAAGCGCAGCCAUGAUUUCCGCAAGGCUCUGCUAGCAGUCGGUGGUUCUUGGAUUUAUUCCUUGUUCUGGACUGUGCCACCUCUGCUUGGUUGGAGCAGUUAUGGAGUAGAAGGCGCAGGCACAAGUUGUUCAGUACGCUGGUCCUCAGAGUCUGCUGAGUCCACGUCCUACAUCGUCUGUCUCUUCAUCUUCUGCUUGGCUGUCCCCGUGAUGGUCAUGGUGUACUGCUACGGGCGCCUCCUGUACGCGGUCAAACAGGUUGGAAAAGUCCACAAGAAUGCUGCCCGCAAAAGAGAAUACCACGUCCUGUUCAUGGUGAUCACUACAGUUAUCUGUUACCUGGUGUGCUGGAUUCCAUACGGGGUUAUAGCAUUACUUGCAACAUUUGGCAAGCCGGGUGCUGUGACUCCAGUUACAAGCAUCAUACCUUCCAUCCUAGCAAAAAGCAGCACUGUUUGCAAUCCCAUUAUCUACAUACUUAUGAAUAAGCAGUUUUACAAAUGCUUUCGUCAGCUUUUCCACUGCCAGCCUUCUUCCUCCACUGAUGGAGAGCCCACCUACCAUUCCAAGGUAACCGUUAUCCAGCUGGAUCAGAGGGUGGAUGGUGGAAACGUGUGCAAUAAUGAACCACAUCCAGAAACAGACAGUAAAAUGACUUCUCUCCUGUGCCCAGAGACAACUUCAAAAGCUAUACCACCAACAUCUUAGAAAAACUGGCUCUGGUGGAAAAACAAGCCUCAACCAAAGUGUGUUCUGUUAUUUCACUGCCACAUUACCAAGGUA